GCCUGCUGACAUUGACAUUUUGAGAAAAAAAAUAUUUGUUUUCCCGUGGACACUGCAAGUGAUUAUUUUUUGUGAUUUUCACCCCCAAAAACUCCUUCAAUCGCCAUGGUUUCAGUGGCAAUCCCGAGGGUGAUUGUUGGUCAGGAGUGUUGAUGGUGUUUUAGGUGGAAACACCAUUUGCAAGUGACGAAAAAUCACACAUCAACUACCCACUGAAAAGGUGGGGAUUCUGACGACGGGAAAGGGUGACAGCCGGUGAGGAGGUUUCUGUGAUUCGUUUAGGAGUGUUUUGUUUUGUGAGAAGAUAUGUCCGAUAUUGUGGGUUGCAACUUGCUUCCGGAAUUGUGGCAGCAGAUCCUGCAGCAGCAGUGGACGUACCUGGAGACGGAGGAGAGCUUGCAGAAGAUUGAGGAACGACGAAAACUUGAGGAAUGCCUCAAGGAUUAUUUGUGCAUUGUGCCCCAUUCGAAGAAAUUCCUCCUUCCAGUCACAGCCUACGUCCUGCAGAAGUCCAUCCUCCAGGGAGAUGAUUCCUCAGCCUACAAGGCUUCCAUUGGCUUCGAGUCCAUCAGCCAGUAUGCCAAUAAUUUAUUCACGAGACCCUGGCGAAAAGAGUAUCGCGUCAUCAAGAUGUACUCGGGCUUCUACUACCACGAAAUCCAAUCAAAUCUGGUAGAAUCCGAGAAGAUCUUCGAGGCUAUGGGCUACAAAGUUCUGCCCAAUCGGACUCUUGUCCUCGAAGGACCCAUCUGUCCUGAUCAGGUCACCAAUGUUUCCCGCGAUGCCCUAAUGGCUUUCGUGGAAUGCCAGAUCCUCAAGCAGAUCUUCUCAGGGCUCACAGCUAUGCAAGUGUCCAGCAACUGGAUCGACAUCUUCACCUUCCGCAGCAUGCAUACGGGAACACCUGAACAGAUGAUCAAUUCAAUGGUGUUCUCAAUGCAGGAGAAGAGGACACAUCAGGAAAAAUCUGAUAAUUACUACAAUGUCCCUGUCACGAAUUCUUGCAAUUCCUGCAGUGCUUCGAGACAAUAUCAAUUAGUUCCUCCUCCCCCUCCUCCUGUGUCCACUUAUUGUCCAUCCUCAGUAGCACCUCCCUGUUCACUGCAUCCGGUGCCCAAUUAUGGGUAUCAAACGCCCGGACAGGGAGUCUACAUGAAUCCCCACGCAAUGCCUCACUCCAAAUCCCUGGAUCAUCCCAGCGAGAAGAUUCGUCAGCACAGGCACUAUUCCCUGGACCAGCCGGCUUAUGAAUAUGCCAGGUCACCGGGAUAUGGGAAUUAUGACUGUGUGGAUGGAUAUGCACCAGCUUGCGCUUCCUUCAGCGCCUACAAUACGGCUGGCAAUCGCUAUCCCCUUCCCGGAGGCUUCCCACUGGCUGGGCUCAAUCAGCCCUGCGACAGUGUCAAUGGGCAGCAUUUAGCACCUCCGAUGGUGAUCAAUGGGAGUACCUAUGGGCACAGGAAUUCCUCAGGAAAUUGCUACCAUCAGCAGCCUGAUCAUGUGUGCUAUCCUGAGUAUCAGGGAUGCAAUUUCUGCGGGGAUAAACGGCCCAAGGGUUCAGCUGGGCUGAGGGGGGAGAAUUUAAUAGAUUUGGGCGACUACAGGGACUAUCAGCAGCCAUUUGAUGCCACUUCUAUCUCCAACGGAGAACUGUCUGACUACUAUCACCGCGUCAAAGUGGCUCAGAAGGUGCGGCCAAGGCCAUCGGAAGGAGACAUUUAUGCAAGGAACAACUUGCGCUCCUCCAAACCAAUAAUCAGCAGUCACACAAGGCACAACAUUGAGCCACAGGAUGAAAUGAGCAGCAGUGAUCCGGAGAGGCACAAAAAUCACGAUGGGGUGGGUUCAUUUGAGUCGUGGGACUAUGUCUUUCAGAAUUUGGAGAAGCAGGGAUACAGCAAGGACCUUAGAGGGGGAGAGAGGGAUUUGUUGGUGCAGGGCCUGGAUUUGGGUUCCCUGAAGCUCCAUGAGGAGCGUCGGGCGACGGGGAAUCCAAUACCGGCUGUUGCACAUAAAGUGAAAGUGGCCAAGAGUGAUCCAGCGACCAAAGGUAUUCAGACGGAGAGUGUCCAGAGGAGGAGCACAUCUACGAGGACGGCAGCGACAAAUGUCAAUAAUAACAAUGGGGAAUCGCUUGAGAGGCAGAGGAUGCAUCAGGAGAACACGAAGAAUCGACAAAUCCAGGAUCAACAGCAGCAGCGGAAGACAGUGAGGCAUGGGGGAUCAGAUGGGAUGGUGGGGAGUGGUGGGGCACAGAAUGAAUGGAGCUGCCGGUUUUGUACUUAUCUCAAUCCGGACAGCAGAAAAAUUUGCGAGAUGUGCUCAAAGAGUAAAGACUUCUUCUUCAGUCUGGACAAGACGCCAACAUGCGUCUAAAAACAAACUGGAUUCUUCUUCUGGUAAAGAAUGCAAUUUUCAUUUCACAAUCUUUUUUAUUGGAAAUUAUUUGUAAAAAUUCAUGUGUUUAUUUGUUUUUUUUUUUUUUUAAUAAAUUAGAGACUGUGAAAAAAUAGUUGUGAGAUUUAGUGAAAAAAAACCUCAUACAAUAUGCUUUAGAUUCCUUCUAUUCUAGGUUGAAGAUAUAUUAGUUAAAAGAGUGUGAACUGCUUAAGAAGUCUCCGUUGAGCGGAAAUUUCUGGUAGGAAAAUAAUUGUCACACAAUGCAAUAAAAUUGUUAUUUAUAUUUUUUUUAAAAGAUUCCUUAACUUACUAGAAAGAAAUUUCUUUCAAUCAAUUUGCCAUAUUAUCUGCAAAUACUGGAAACAAAGGAGAUUGUGUAAGUCCUAAACCUAGAAUGAUGGAGAAAUGUCACAAAUCUUUUAAUGUGCUAACAGAAAUCUAUUACGAUAAAAGUCUACAAAUUUAAAAAGAAAUCACAAAAGAAAAAAAUACACAAAUAAAAAUGAAAACAACACACAGUAUUUCUAAAAAGUAAAUUGAAAACAAUCUAGUUGAAAAUUGUGGCAAAAAAAACUAUCUUUCCCCUUUGGCAUUGAUAUAUACAAGGAAACAAAGCUCUUCUCUUUGCAUUUUUUCAAAACAAACAAAAAAAUAUAUACAAAUAAAAAUUUUUAACAGGAAUCAUACAAAAAAAAACAAUCCUCUAGCUGAAAA